GCUCAUAUUUUUCAGCUCAGCUUCGCAGCCAGCCUCUCUCUUUAAUAUUAUGGGGGAAAGCUGGCAAUGUGGAAAAAACCUCUUCCUUCUCCUUCUGCUGUCUGUCCUCAGGACCACUGUAGCUGCUCCUGCCCCCAAACUGCAAUAUGUGGCGUUGGUGCCCAGCACGAUUCACAUGGAGACCUCAGAGAACUUCUGCAUCCAGAUAAACCAUCUGAAGGAAACACUCACCUUGACCAUCUUUCUGGAAACCGGGACUCAGAAUUUGAUCCUGAAUCAAUUGACGGUAAAAGAGGAAGACGGAUUUCAAUGUGUUCAUUUCCAGAUUCCCAGGUGGAGCAACAUUUCGCCCCCAUCGGAAGCCGUUCUCGUGAUGACAGCAAAUGGGUUGACCCAGAAUUUCUGGAGCCGCAAAAAAGUGUGGGUUGAGAAACCAAAGAGUCUGCUUUUCAUCCAGACGGACAAACCAAUCUACAGAGCGGGACAGCAAGUUCAGUUUCGCAUCGUCUCCAUGGAUAAAGAUUUCCGUCCCACAAAGAAGAAGUUUCCAGUUGUGUACAUCCAGGAUCCCCAAAACAACCGGGUGUUCCAGUGGAGAGAUGUGGAGGUUCGAUUGGGCAUAAUCCAGCUUUCCUAUUCUCUGUCUUCCGAUCCCCGCUUGGGCACCUACAAAGUGGUGGUAGAGAAAGACUUCACAAAAGUUGCAGAAUACAGCUUUGAUGUGGAAGAAUACGUUCUGCCCAAAUUUGAGGUUUUGGUGAAGGCCCCGAAGCUCAUCCAGUUUGUGACCACGGAAAUAGAAGUCAGUGUGUGUGGCAGGUACACCUAUGGAAAACCUGUGCCUGGCCUGGUGAAACUGAGCCUCUGUCGGCAUCCCGAACGACUGCCUUUCCAGUGUAAUAGUGGUAAAAGUCUGUGUAAAGAAUUUGAAGGCAAGGCAGAUGGAGACGGCUGUUUCUCCAAGGUGGUGAACAUGGAGGAGUUCCACCUGAGGUGGCGCGGCUUUUCGAUGGCUAUCGCCGUAGAAGGCAAAAUCACAGAGGAAGGGACAGGAGUGGAGCUGAAUGCCACAGAAUCCGUUGACAUCACCUCCGCGCUGAGCAUAAUUAUCUUUGAAAACCCAGACCGUUACUAUAAACCCGGCAUUCCUUAUGUCGUGAAGGUGAAGCUGGUGGACAGCAACGAGGUGCCGAUCCACAAUGAAACAGUGCAAGUUUCGAUAACGUCCAGAAACCAGCGGCUCAAUCAAGUGACUGAUGCUGAGGGAAGAGCUCAAUUUUCUAUAGAAACCACUGAUUCCACACGCGGAAUUUUGUCUCUUAGGGCUAUGUCUCAAGUUGAAUCUUGGUGUGGUAGCAUCCACUGGGUUACACCCCUUCACAGUGAGGCAUUUCACACGGCGCACGUGUUUUAUUCUCCAAGCCAAAGUUAUCUACAUAUCGAACCUGUGUCAGAGACAUUAAGCUGCGGCCACCGUGAGCCAAUUCGGGUGCGUUACAUCCUUAACCGAGGUGAUGAGAACGAGGACGAGAUUGUCUUCUAUUACAUGAUCAAGGCUAAGGGGGACAUCAUAAAAACAGGAACACACAGGCAGCCAGUGGAACAGGGAAAAGAAGCCAAAGGGGACUUUCUUUUGAAUCUCUUGGUGGAUGUUGACACUGCUCCCAAGACCCGCUUGCUCCUCUACACUAUUUUGCCCAGUGGAGAACUUGUUGCUGACUCGAGAGACUUCACCGUAGAAAAGUGCUUCUCCAACAAGGCCAGACUGUGGUUCUCUGAUCAAGAAGGUCUGCCUGGCCAGAAAACCCAACUCCAUCUUUCAGCUUCCCCCGGUUCCCUCUGUGCCAUCCAUGCCGCUGACCAGAGUGUCUUUCUCUUGAAACCUGAAGCCGAGCUCUCCCCUGAGAAGGUUUACGACCUCCUUCCCAAGAAGGAUCACAUCUUCUCUGAUGACCUCUUUUUGGAUGAAACCAAUCUUUAUCCUUGUCCUGCAGAACAACAAUUCAGGGGUGAAAACGUUGGCAUUGUCCCACUGCAUUAUUCCCCUGGGGAUGGGGAUUCUUACAGCAUAUUCAGGGAUUUCGGCUUGAACAUUUUUACCAACACCAAGCUACGCAACCGGCGUUUCUGCACCGGAGGAUUCAUCCCUGUGAUGGAAUUCAGGCCUGAAAGUUUACCAAUACCUAGUGAGCCUUUUGUUGCUCAGGGUUUUGUUCCCCCGGGAAUUGGCUCCGUGGGAAUCCCUGGAGUUGCCUUUGGUGUUGGUGGUGCUGGUGGUGCUCUUGGUGGUGUUGGUGGUGCUCUUGCGGGGCUUCCCAUUCCUCAGGUUGAGGCUGCCCCUAAAAGGACACCUCGGCGCUUCUUUCCUGAAACGUGGAUAUGGGACCUGGUUAUUAUAAAUGGUUCUCAAGGAAACAGCCAUUCUCAAGUCCAUCGUUCAAGUAGAAAGAAUGAUGUAUCUGAAGAACCCAAAGAGAUUGCUCUUCCUGUGACCAUCCCAGACACCAUCACCGAAUGGAAAGCUGGAGCUUUCUGCCUUUCUGCAGACACAGGUUUUGGCUUAGCCCAGCCCACUUUUAUGAAGGGCUUCCAGCCGUUCUUCAUUGAACUCACCUUGCCUUACUCCGUGGUGAGAGGAGAAGCCUUCCCACUCAAGGCUACCGUCUUCUCCUACCAGACUCACUGCAUCCGGGUCAGAAUAUCUCUGACUCCUUCUGCUGACUUUGAGGCAUCUCCUACGGAGAAGGAGGAGGAUUCCUAUUGUAUCUGUGCAAACGGAAGAAAAACGGUGUCAUGGAUGAUGACCCCUAAAAUUCUAGGGGAGAUAAACCUCACAGCAAGUGCAGAGGCUGUGACCUCAAAUCAGCACUGCGGGAAUGAAGUAGUGGAGGUGCCCACCAUUGGAAACAAAGACGUCGUGAUCAAGUCAUUACUAGUUGAGCCUGAAGGGAUCGAGAAAGAAGUGGUGUUCAACUCUCUUCUCUGUGCACCUGGAAAACCUGAGUCCAAAGCUGUUCCUCUGACGUUACCGGAGAAUGUUGUCGAAGGCUCAGCCAGGGCCUCCUUUUGUGUGCUGGGUGACAUUUUAGGAGGAGCGAUAAAGAACCUCCAUCAGCUUCUCAAGAUGCCCUACGGCUGUGGGGAGCAGAACAUGGCCCUCUUUGCCCCCAAUAUCUAUAUCCUGAACUAUCUCAAAAAUACUGGACAACUGACAGAGGAGAUCAAAUCCAAGGUCGUUGGAUACUUAGAGGCUGGUUAUCAAAGGCAACUGAACUACAAGCAUCCCGAUGGUUCUUACAGCGCUUUUGGAAAAGGUUCAGAGGAAGGCAACACUUGGCUGACGGCUUUCGUGCUGAAAUCUUUUGCUCGGGCGAGAUCCAUAAUCUUUGUGGAAGACAAGCACAUCAGCGACGCCCAGAACUCGCUGACACUGAGGCAGGAAAAUACUGGAUGCUUUCGGAGUACUGGGUCUCUUUUUAACAACGCCCUCAAGGGGGGAGUUGAUGACCAGGCCACUCUUUCAACUUACAUCACCAUUGCUUUGCUGGAAGUGCCGCUACCGCCCACCCAUUCUGUGGUGCAAAAUGCUUUGUUCUGCUUGGAGAAAGCAACUGAAGCAAAAGAAAUCCACAUUUAUCUCCGGGCUCUGCUGGCGUAUGCUUUUGCUUUGGCAGGGAAGGAGGAGAAGAGGCAAGAAAUGUUGGACUCCCUUCUAAAAGUAGCUGUGAAGGACGAGGAUGGCUCCAUCCACUGGGAGAGACCUGGGAAGCCAAAGCAGAGAUCUGAUUUUCCAUUCUACUUGCGUGCUCCCUCUGCUGAGGUAGAGAUGACCUCCUAUGGGCUCCUUGCUUUCCUCACCAACAAACGGUCUCCGUCCCAGGAAGAAUUAACGACAGCAACUGCCAUUGUCAAAUGGUUGAUCAAACAACAGAAUUCCAAUGGAGGAUACUCUUCUACACAGGAUACGGUGGUGGCUCUCCAGGCCCUCUCCCAAUACAGGACACUUACUUAUUCCAAGGAUGGCAUCGAUGCCAGAGCGGCCUUGAGUUCAGGAGAUGCUGUCCUGGCAGAAUUCCAUGUGGACAGCAACAACUCUCUGCUGCUCCAGUGCCAAGAUCUGCCCCAAGUGCCAGGGAACUACAAGGUUGAAGUGACCGGUUGCAUCUUUAUGCAGACUGCCUUGAAAUAUAAUGUUCCUUUGAAGCAAGAAGAUGCACCAUUUAGGUUGGAUGUGCGCACCGUUCGUGAGACUUGCACAGGAAACAAAGCUCCCGUCACUUUUGACAUUGCCAUGAAUGUCAGUUACACUGGUCAACGUCUGGUUUCCAAUAUGGCAAUUGUCCAGAUUAAGAUGCUGUCUGGAUACAUCCCGGUGAAAUCCAGUAUAAAAAAGCUGGAAAGGCAAGGUCUGAUCAAGAGGAGUGAAGUGAACAUCAAUCAUGUCCUGCUAUACUUGGAUGAGGUACGCAACACAAUCCAGACUUUCUUCAUUACAGUGGAGCAGGAGACACCCGUCCGGGGCUUGAAGCCCGCCUUGGUGAAAGUCUAUGAUUACUAUGAAACUGAUGAAUUUGCUACAGCCGAGUACACUGCCCCCUGCAGUGCAGAUGAUACCAAGGAAGUCUAUAACGCAUAAGGAUUCAGGCCAUGUUUUCUGGAAUAACACAUGUUCGGAAAGAAUGAAUCUCCUAGAAACUAAGGAGGAACAUGAUUUUUAUAUACAAACCUAUUUUGAGUGCUCAAUACUAAACUGUUUUGAUUGUAACAUAUUUUUUUGAACUGUAAGCCACCCAGAAUC